AUGACUGCUUUGGAGCGAAACUUAUGUCUUGUCGACUGGAUUGAAAUCACUCCGGAGGAUAGCUUACUCAAUCAACUUACUUUCACCUGGCCUUUUCGCAUAUCGUCGAUUGUGGAAAAUAGUGAAGCCAAACUACGCCGGGCUAAAGAUGAAGCCCUAGGGCAUUUGAGCGCUUUGCAAACGGAUCUGAGUGAAAGAAUGGACUUGCUCUGGAUCCGAGCCAAGCGCCAACAGGGGUUAUCGCGAAUGCAAUUAUCUGACGCAAACGCAAACGUUCGGGAACUGGACCAGCUGAGGACCAUGAUCACUAACCUUGCGGAGGAGGCGAGUUAA